UCAUUUUCGUAAAUGUGGGGGUAGCCCCUUUAAAAUCGACAGGGGUGCUGUUGAGGGUGUUCUUUGUUGAUUUCGACUGAUAAACAUUAUGUGAAUUAAUAGGAAGUGUCGAAAAAAAUGCGUUGAAGCGACCCUACCCGUUUUCGGCCGUUCCUGACCAUUGCGACGCGCGAGAAUUUCCCGUCACCUUCCUCUGCUAAGGCCCUGAAAUCCGGCCUGAAAUCCAAGUUCUGUCUGACUGAAAGUGGAACUUGGAAGUGAAAGGCGCUAAUUUGCCGAGUUGGUGACACUCACACAGACGAGCGAUGGAUCAGAGGGACUUGUUUCUCAGCUGUCGCCGUGGCGAUCUCGAACACGUCACGUAUCUAGUGGAGCAGCUAGAAGUAGAGCUGAACAUCAGAGAUCGUUGGGAUAGCACUCCGUUAUACUACGCUUGCCUGUGCGGACAUAGCGAAGUGGUGCAUUACUUGCUCAUCAGAGGUGCAAAAUGCGAGGCUAACACAUUCGAUGGCGAACGCUGUCUGUACGGGGCGCUGAACGACGACAUCCGAAACAUGCUGAAGAAUUACAAGGUCAUAACUGCGCAGUGCAUGAGGAGAGACAGCUAUCAGGAGUUUCUCCGUAGGCUGCUGGAGGAUGCAACAUACGCUGACGUGUGGUUCGUAGUGCACGGCGAGCGAUUCGCUGGCCAUCGCUGCAUCCUCAGCGCACGCAGCCAGUACUUCGCUGAGAUGUUCAUGGAUAGGUGGCAGCAGCGCAGCAUUGUCCACAUCACGCACCCGCUGGUCAGGCCAGCGGCGUUCAGGCUCAUGCUUCAAUACCUCUACAUGGGAAGCCUCGAGGUCCAUGUUGACCAGGUCGAGUCCGUCAUCGUCCUCGCAAAGCAGUGCCACCUGGUGGACCUAAUCGACGAGCUGGAGGCGCGGCAGCGGAAGCUGCGCGAGUUUCUCGCCGCGAAGCCCGGCACGAGCGUCACCAUGGUUACCGUCGAGGCGAGCGAGGGCGGCGGCGGCGGCUGCUGCGCGACCGUCGCGGGAGACCUUGGCAUGCUCGCGGAGCAGGCGUUGCCGGCGGCGCUAGCUCGCUGGGUGUCCGGCAGCGAGCUGCCGUUCUACCCGAGCGAGCGGUCGCCGUUCGCGGACGUCUGCUUCGUCGUCGACGGCCACCGCUUCGCCUGCCACCGCGCGCUCUUCUGCGGCCGCAGCGACUACUUUCGCGCCGUGCUCGCCGACCACUUUGGCGAGGGCUGCGGCAGUGACGGUGGCGCCCCCGUCGUGGCGCUGCGCAGCGUGUCGGCGGCGGUGUUCGUCGCCAUCGUCUACUACGUCUACACGGACGGCGCGUGUGUCGCGGACGACGUUGUCUGCGAGGUGCUGACGGCAGCGGACAUGCUGCUGCUGCCGGGGCUGAAGCGACAGUGUGGAGCGCGCAUGGCACUCGCGCUCACGCUAGAUAACGUCGUUGAUGUGCUGCGGACCGCACGACUCUUCCAGCUGUCGCGGAUGGAGGUGAGUUGCACAGAGUUCAUCGCCACGCACCUGGAAAGCGUCGUCGAGAUGACGGACUUCCAUCGCGUGAUCGAGAGCGAUGCGGCGAGCGUGAAAGCGAGGCAGGAGACGGACACGAUCGACAUCGUCGACGACGUCAGGUAA